AUGCAGCGUCCACCAAGCCUGAUGUCGAUGUAUAUCGACUCACCGAGCUCCAAGGGCAAAAAUAAGCGCGCAGUAAACGAAAGUUCUCCAACGACCGGCAGACUUCAACGGCUACCUAUGGCCGACAGUAACGCGCCUCGUAUCCUCCGCCGCCAUCAACACCGCCGUCGCAACGUCGCUGCUGAGGUCUGGGGUCCCGGAAUACCCUCUGCACCCACAACACAAACUUCCACCGGCGCAUCAGCCCCAAAACAGCCUUUCAAUGUCUACAAAGCUAUCCUCCGACACCCGAACCUUUUCUUCCAGUUCGCGCUCCGUCUCCCUUACCCUUCUACCAUCGACCUCUACGCCAUCGACAAAGAAUUCCAUUACCGCCUGAACCUGUACAGCGUCUCCCUGAUACAUGACUAUGCCCGCUACCAUGCGCCGCUUGCAGGCUACGUCUUCAGCUGGGUGCUGUAUCCUCGCCUGUGCAUCUCAGACCCCAUGCUCCGACCUAUGGACGAACGAGAGUGGUUAGCGCGCGACGUACCAGGCUUCCGCUGGGUAGGCAUGAUUCUCUGGCGCCAGAAUAUAGUCCGCAGCAUCCUCACAAUACUGAGCUUGGAAGGCCACCGUGUGCCGGCAAGCUGCGAGGGCGCGUUGAUGAAGUUCUGGGGACUCAUGGAACUGAGCACUACGAAACUACGUCUCUCUUUCCUCGAGGAUAAUGAGAUAUGGACGGACACUGAUAUCAUAACCAUUCAGCUCUUCUUCGUAAAGCUUGAUAUGCGCUUCUCUGAUCCUAUUCUGGGCAACGGCGUUUGUCAGCUAGGAUCUUUGCUGCUGGGCCAGAGAAGCUUGAGUACGCUGUGGAAGGUACUGAGUGGGAAGUUGAAGUUGGACUAUGAUAACACGAGCGAUAUCGUCGUGAAGACGUACCUCAACGAAGAUCUUGACGUCGAAGCACACCCCUGGCUUGAAGACGAAGGUGAUACUGGGGUUCCGGAGGAGCAGUGGGGCUUGCUGAAUCUUGAGGGCUGGCAUGAGGAUGGCAUCAAGAUGGAGCAUGCUGUGAGUAUGGUCAUCACCGAGGGUGUGAGGAGAGGACUCAAUGUACAGCAGUACUAUCUGGACUUUGUUAUAUACGGGUGGGUAGAUGAGAAAACUGGAGAAAAUUUUCCAAUACCGAGGCAGCUAAGGAGAGAUAAGAAGGUCAAGUCGGCGAGUGAGGGUUGGCCUUCCAAAGAAUUGAGGCAGGGUACAAUCAAGAAGCUGGACGUGCGCUUUGGCUUGAUGGGGAGGAAGGAUGGGGAUACGAUGGACUUGGGCGCCUAA